UGUAAAAUUGAUAUGGCAUGUCUAAGCCAUAGUAGCUCAAUAAUUAAUGCCAAAUGUUGGCUUUUUAAUGGCAGAUGCCAAAUCCUUGCAUUCCAAGAGUUUUCGAUCCGCUCUGUUGGGAAAGAGAGGAGUGGGUGGUAAACCUUGACUGGCAGAGAUGCAGGUGUCCUAUCCUUGCCGGUUUCGAUGCUCGACAUAGUACUAUUGUAUACUUCAAAUAAAUUUCAUAUUAGUCUGUUAAAUCAUUUUAAAUAUGACAUUCUCUAUUUCUAGUAAUAAUACACAUAAAAUCACGUGAUGGAAAAGAGGUUCAGAUUACAUUCCCAUGUCAACCGCAGCUGAAAGAAAAAGACAUUCGAAUCACACUCCACUUUAAAGACCUCUUGAAAUCCCCGAACCAAAUCUUAAUGUACAUCAACUGCAAACUGGUGGGGAACGAGACCAGCUCAGUUCCCAUCAGGGAGGGGCUGGUAGGAUCUCAGCGACAGCAAAUAAAUCCUAGAUUCUGGUUUUAUGUUGGAAAAGAUGUAAGACAUAUUCUCCAGAAUCAGGGAUGCCCAGUCAGCUUCCCCACUCAGGAACCACCCUCUAGAAAUUCUCAUAAUACUAUUGUUCGAGUGGUAGUACCACCACGCCCAAAACCAGACCUCGACAAAGACAAAACAUCAUCCAAGGAUAGAACGGGCCAUGUUAAAACUCCCAGGGAACCUCUUCCGGAAAGUCGACACAGGUUAACACUUCCGGAUUCUAAAGCCAUACCCAUUGAUUCUAGAGAAGUCCAUCUAUUGUCGACUUCCCUGAGAACACUCACUUCCGCCGUUAUGCAACUGCAGCGACAGAUAACGAUACAGGGCCAAGAGACACGUUACCUGAGAGAAGUCUUGAGUCGCUGUGAUAUGUGUAGAGGGCACACUGGCCAACCAACAGAGACGUAUCACCGAGAGAGAAUUUUGACUUGCCAGGACAAGCCAUGCUACGAUAACGUGCAAUGUGAGGAUACCUCACGUGGAUACCGGUGUGGGAGGUGCCCAGAAAACUUCACAGGAGACGGAAUCACAUGUGUUCCUAAAGUCACGUGUGAACAGAAGCCUUGUUUUGGAGAUGUACCGUGUACGGAAACAGUGGACGGAGUCCAGUGUGGUCAGUGUCCAGCAGGAGUGAUAGGCGACGAAUCACGGAAUGGGUGUCAAGACGAGACAAGAACGUGCCAGUCCAGACCCUGUUUUCCAGGAGUCACCUGCGUUGACACUAUGUACGGGUACGAGUGUGGAGAUUGUCCGACCGGCAUGCAGGGAAACGGGACUGCCGAUGGAUGUGUUCAGUCCCCAGACAGUUGUGAAAGUCUUCCGUGUUUUGAUGGAGUUCUUUGUAUUGAUAUCGAUGACGGAUAUCAGUGCGGUCCCUGUCCACCAGGCAUGACGGGAAAUGGAACAAAGUCUGGCUGCCACCCCAUUGGUUGUGAUUUAAAUCCUUGUUUUGCGGGAGUGGAGUGUGUAGACUCCCCUAAUGGAUAUCAGUGUUCGUCGUGUCCUGGGGGAUAUAAAGGGAACGGGACGCAUUGCACGGAUAUUGACGAGUGUAGAGUACAUAACCCAUGCAGUUUCAUGACGGAAUGCGUGAAUUUAAUUCCUGGAUAUAAGUGUACAAGCUGCCCCUCUGGAUAUUCCGGAAAUGACGUGUCUGGAGUCGGUAUAGAGGGCCUGAAAGCCGUACAGCAGGCUUGUGAAGACGUUAAUGAAUGUGAAGACGGAAAUAAUGGAGGCUGUGUGGAUUAUUCUCACUGCACAAAUACACCCGGAUCUUUUGUAUGUGGGGAGUGCUUUGAUGAUUUUGUCGGUAACCAGACAGUUGGAUGUCGAGAGAUGAAGACCCUCUGUCCAGACGGAGUGAGAGAGUGUCACAAACAUGCCAUGUGUGUCAUGGGAAUAUCGGGGUAUGACUGUCAGUGCCGAAUUGGAUAUGCUGGUAAUGGGGAAUACUGCGCCAAAGACAACGAUCUGGAUGGCAUGCCCAACAUCGGGCUUCGUUGUAAAGAAUACAGAUGCUCAAGAGAUAACUGCCGAGAUGUUCCAAAUAGUGGUCAAGAGGAUGUUGACCUGGAUGGAAUUGGAGAUGCUUGUGAUGAAGACAUUGAUGGAGAUGGGAUCGUUAAUAAUCCAGACAACUGCCCGUAUAUAGCAAAUCCUGGUCAGGAAAACACAGACGAAGGAGAAAAGGACAAUCAUGGAGAUUCUUGUGAUAACUGUCCUAGUGUACCCAACACCGACCAGCUCGAUACGGACAAGGACGGCGUUGGCGACGCCUGUGACCCUGAUAUAGAUAAUGACGGAAUUUUGAACGACAAGGACAAUUGUCCUAAAGUGGCUAACCCUGACCAGGAUGAUGGGGAUGAAGACGGCAUCGGGGAUCUGUGUGACAACUGUCCCUUUCUGGCGAAUAAAUUACAGAACGAUUCUGACCAUGACUCUAUCGGCGACAUCUGUGACACGAACGAAGACGAAGACAGUGAUGGAAUACAAGACAAUUACGACAACUGUGAGUUUGUUCCAAACGCUGACCAGUUGGACACAGAUGAGGAUAAUAUCGGCAAUGUUUGUGAUGAAGAUGAUGACAAUGACGGGAUAGAUGAUGAUGACGAUAACUGCCCUCUCGUAUCAAACCCUGACCAGGUCGACACGGAUGGUGAUGGAUACGGUGACGCCUGCGUAGAUGAUACUGAUGGAGAUGGAUUUGCUGAUGUGGAGGACGUUUGUCCGGAACAUAAAGAUAUCCAUUCCACUGACUUCCGGUCUUUCCAGACAAUUCUGUUGGAUCCAGUUGGGGAUUCUCAAAUAGACCCGGAGUGGCUGAUUUUAAAUCAGGGAGCAGAAAUAGUUCAAACAAAG